UGAGGUGCAAGUGAGUCCUGCGAGCUGGAGAGCAUUUGAGCAGCAUGGAUCGUGAGGCUUAGAUCUGUUCCUGCAUUUGGCCCCUUGUCUCACCUCUGGGAUUCCAUGUGAAGGAAGCGUCCGAGGUGCCUAGCGUUUAUGGGUAACUCUUGCAGGAUGCAUUAAGGGAAGAGGAGCCUUACUCACUCGGCAUGGAGAGUUUGUCCGCCUCCAGCAUGCAGGACCCUUCCUCCUCACCCUUGGAGAAACAGCAAAGUUCAGUGAGCGGUAAUGGAGGUCUUGAUUCAGAAGAAGGUUCAAGCCUGGAGGAAAUUGGCUUUAACUGGGGAGAGUAUCUGGAAGAAACAGGUGCCAGCGCAGCUCCUCACACAUCUUUCAAGCAUGUUGAAAUCAGCCUUCAGAGCAACUUCCAGCCGGGGAUGAAGUUGGAGGUGGCCAAUAAGACCAACCCAGACACGUACUGGGUGGCCACGGUCAUCACCACCUGCGGACAGCUGCUGCUCCUGCGGUACUGUGGUUACGGCGAGGACCGCCGGGCCGACUUCUGGUGUGACGUGGUGAUCGCGGAUCUCCACCCCGUGGGGUGGUGCACGCAGAACAACAAGGCCUUGAUGCCCCCGGAUGCAAUCAAAGAGAAGUACACAGACUGGACAGAAUUCCUCAUUCGUGAUUUGACUGGUUCCCGGACGGCACCUGCCAGCCUCCUGGAAGGUCCUCUGCGAGGGAAAGGCCCUAUAGACCUCAUUACAGUUGAUUCCUUAAUAGAACUUCAGGAUUCUCAGAGCCCUUUUCAGUACUGGAUAGUUAGUGUGAUUGAAAAUGUUGGAGGAAGAUUACGCCUUCGCUAUGUGGGAUUGGAGGACACUGAAUCCUAUGACCAGUGGUUGUUUUACUUGGAUUACAGACUUCGACCAGUUGGUUGGUGUCAAGAGAAUAAAUACAGAAUGGACCCACCUUCAGAAAUCUAUCCUUUGAAGAUGGCGUCUGAGUGGAAAUGUGCUCUGGAAAAAUCCCUUACUGAUGCCGCACAGUUUCCUCUUCCAAUGGAAGUAUUUAAGGAUCAUGCAGAUCUGCGAAGCCAUUUCUUCACAGUUGGGAUGAAGCUAGAAACAGUGAAUUUGAGCGAGCCCUUUCAUAUCUGUCCUGCAUCAGUGACCAAGGUUUUUAACAAUCAUUUUUUUCAAGUGACUAUUGAUGACCUAAGACCAGAACCUAGUAAACUCUCAAUGCUGUGCCAUGCGGAUUCUUUGGGGAUUUUACCAGUACAAUGGUGCCUUAAAAACGGAGUCAAUCUCACACCUCCCAAAGGUUACUCUGGCCAGGACUUCGACUGGGCCGAUUAUCACAAGCUGCAUGGAACAGAAGAAGCACCUCCCUUCUGCUUCAGAAAUACAUCAUUCAGUCGGGGUUUCACAAAGAACAUGAAGCUCGAAGCCGUCAACCCCAGGAAUCCAGGCGAGCUCUGCGUGGCCUCUGUUGUCAGUGUGAAGGGGAGGCUGAUGUGGCUUCACCUGGAAGGUCUGCAGACCCCUGCUCCGGAGUUCAUUGUGGACGUGGAGUCCAUGGACAUCUUCCCCGUGGGCUGGUGCGAAGCAAACUCUUACCCUCUGACCGCACCACACAAAACAGUCUCACAAAAGAAGAGAAAGAUUGCAGUCGUGCAACCAGAAAAACAAUUGCCAUCCACAGUGCCUGUUGAGAAAAUACCUCAUGACCUCUGUCUAUUCUCUCACCUGGACUCCACAGGUACUGUCAACGGGAAAUACUGCUGUCCUCAGCUUUUUAUCAACCACAGGUGUUUCUCAGGCCCUUACCUGAACAAAGGGAGAAUAGCAGAGCUACCUCAGUCAGUGGGACCAGGCAAAUGUGUGCUGGUUCUGAAAGAGGUCCUAAGCAUGAUAAUCAAUGCAGCUUACAAGCCUGGAAGGGUAUUAAGAGAAUUACAGCUGGUGGAAGACCCACACUGGAAUUUUCAGGAGGAGACACUGAAGGCAAAGUACAGAGGCAAAACGUACCGGGCCGUGGCCAAAAUCGUGCGAACCUCUGACCAAGUAGCAGAUUUCUGCCGGCGGGUUUGUGCCAAGCUGGAAUGCUGCCCAAAUUUGUUCAGUCCUGUGCUGGUUUCGGAGAACUGCCCAGAGAACUGCUCCAUCCACACCAAAACCAAGUACACCUAUUAUUACGGAAAGAGGAAGAAGAUCGUGAAGCCCCCAAUUGGGGAAGCCAGCACCGAGAGCGGGCACCCAAAGCCAGCCAGACGUAGGAAACGGCGAAAAUCCAUCUUCGUGCAGAAGAAGCGGAGGUCUUCUGCCGUGGACUUGGCCGCAGGCUCGGGGGAGGAGAGUGAGGAAGAGGAUGCGGAUGGCAUGGACGAGGACACUGGGAGUGAGGAGACCAGCUCUGAGCUCCGCGAUGACCAGACGGACACCUCUUCGGCCGAGGUCCCAUCUGCGCGGCCCCGGAGGGCCGUCACCCUGAGGAGCAGCUCCGAGCCUGAGCGCCGGCCGCCCAUGGAGAGGCCGCGACGGGGCCGGAGGGCUCAGGCCGCCUCCUGUGCCGAGGGGGCAGAGCAGGGCGCAGCUAUCGGCCACGACGCUGUAGAGCUAACACCGCGGGCCCUGGACACAAAGCAAGAGGAGGAGGAGAGGCUCGUUUUGGAGAGCAACCCGUUGGAGUGGACGGUGACCGACGUGGUGAGGUUCAUUAAGCUGACGGACUGUGCCCCCCUGGCCAAGAUAUUUCAGGAACAGGACAUUGAUGGGCAGGCGCUCUUGCUGCUGACCCUCCCCACCGUGCAGGAGUGCAUGGAGCUGAAGCUGGGGCCCGCCAUCAAGCUGUGCCACCAGAUCGAGCGAGUAAAAGUGGCUUUCUACACCCAGUAUGCCAACUGACGCUCCCCUCCUGGGAGGUGACCCAGCGUCGUGCUGAUGCAGCGUCUUGGGAAGGUUUGGGGACCGAAGCUUUAUUUUUUGGGCGAUGUGAGCUAUGAAAAGCAGGAAGCAGGAAGCAGGAAGGACCUCCUUCCCUCUCCAGCCUGUGUGAUAUUACCACGUUUUCAAGCACACCCAGGGCCACAGCAGUGGCUCCCAGAGUGUUGGGCGCUGCGGGAAAGGGAAGAACGUCUCUGUACGUCCACAUCUUGCCUUCCUCCCUCCGGAAACCAAGCAGCUCCCCGCGAAGGGCUUUCCUCAACCAUGGUCCACUUUGCUUUGAAAAUGAAGGCACAGUUGAUAUCUUUUCAGAACAUGCCCAGGGAGGACACCAGCUGGUGGUCGUUCUAGAUGCUUCUUCCGUGAGGAUGCACAUGCGGCCGUGGCUACGUGGGUGUCAGUUUGAUCUUGGUGGCAACUUACUUCUCAAACACACUUGUUUCAGGAUGUGGUUAUAAAAGGAUGGGCUAAACCCGCAUCACCUGUCAGAGGUGCCUUUUAGGAAGUAGGGGGGCGGGAAGGCAGGUGGCAUGUUGUUGCAGUGAGACCGUUCUUCCUGAGCGACGGACGUCUAGAACCUGUAGAGAGUUCCGUUUGCUAUCUUUUAUAGAACUUCACAUAUUGCCAACUUUCUCAUUUAAUUGUGACCAGAUCAGGGAGUGAUUCCUUUAGUCUGUUGGGAAAUGCUGAGCUGUGUAUUGAAGGAACAGCUUAAUUUCAGAGAGGAGUGGGAAGAGACUUGGGGAAGCUUUUAAUAAACCAGCUGUGUCCCCUUAGAAGGAUCCUGCAGAAGGUCUCUCGGUGAGCUUGGCUUUGAGUGCCACUCGGAUCAGCCCGGCCCUGGGACGUCCAUUGAGGCUGACAUUCCCGACUAAGAGCAGGGCGGCAACCUGGCGCUGUGACUUGGCUCAGCCCUGCUCUCCUGCUGACACGGCUCGUGGCCACCUGUGAUCCUGGGUCACCACAUCACUCUGGACCCCCUCGUCCACCUCCUGCUCCUGUUAAGGGAAGACUCCCAGUCCGCCAGUGUGAGACGCAGCAGGUGAAAAAGAAUCCUAUCAGCACAGCGUUCACUGUUUCCUGCAGCCCAGUCUGGCCUGGAGGUUGCCGACAUUUCUUGGGCAGUUUUCAUUACAUCGGUUAAGUCCCUUUGCCGAGAGGUGUGUGGCUCUGGGAAUUGACUGGGGUUUCUUUUGUACCGAGCACUUCAUCUGUGUGUGCCUAUGAGGGACCCAGUGUGCUCGUUCCAGCCCGAAUGGACUGCCCUGCUCCGUUGUGAGAUGUCCACAUGCCUUUUGACACGUGCGCCAGGAAACCAGACCUUCUGCUCGUCUGGACGUGGAAGGGGAGCGCAGCCUUCUGCUGCUCUUGUGCCAUAAUCACCUUGAUCUCUUCUCCUUGAUUAGAGUCCCCACCGCCGUCGGGACGUCAUGUGGUGAGCUUACGAGCUGUCAUGUUUCUGCAUACGUUUUAAGGCAUGAUUAUCUGUCAGAUUUUGCAAAGUUUGAUGACUAACGCUCACCUUUAUUCACAGUCUUUCCCUGUUAACAGAUGCAACUGGGAAACCUAUUUUGCAGGUGACUUUUCCCUCUCCUCCCUAGCUGAUUUCUACCACCAAGUUUUAAACGUUUGGCAAGUGGGGUUGCCUGGGGACUGUGCUGGAAGGACUGGCGUCGCACACCAGGAUGCUGGCAGCAUGGCGAGGACGGAAGCGUCCAUCGUGACUUGCGCUUGGCUCGCAGUCAGGCUUCUGUCUCCAAAGCCGAGGUGUCAGCCUCCUCCCGGGUCCCUACUCCUGCCUUCUCAGCCACAUACUUUGGCCUUAAACGCUCAGCCUUGUGGAGUCCAUUGGAAAGGGUAUCCAUUUCAGGAUCUUUGGCAUUUUUCCUGCGCUGACUCACUCGUGAUCCUUCACUGUGGCCUUUUCAAGCUGAGCUAUUCCUGUUGCAUCUGAAACGGGAGCGAGGGGAUGUGGUGGCUGCAGCGUAAUGUCGUACUUUCGGAGCGAGUGUCCCCUCCUCGUGCCCUUUCAAGUAAAGGCACGGAGCAGGAGGUGCUCCGUGGGAGGAGACAGAGCUCGCAGGCCUCUCUGGAGCCCCCCACCCCCGGAGGAGCUGGAAAGCCUCCCCUCGGCCGCCCUUGCUAGGGAAGUGUCCUGCUCCCCGAGGGGCCACGUGCCCAACACCUCCUUACCCUCAGUCUCUCUCUGUGUGGUGAUCCGUCACUUCGCCCUUGUCCGCUUGAUGGUGCGUGGUCAGGAAGACGUGGCCGGGGCCAGAGACAGAAGGCCUGGCUCCAGGGUAACCAUCACAGAGGUCGCCUGUGUGUCACCUCCUGACCCUCCAAGAGCCAAGAAACCUUUUAGGGCCCAGAAGAUGCUUUUGCCAUGAGUGUUGCCAGCGUCCUCCUGAACUUAGAUUCUUUGGGGGUCUUCCACUGGAGGGCGUACUUCACAUCGGUAGCAAGUUGGCCACCAAAUGGUAAGGUGGUGGUCGUUCCUCUGUGGGAUUCACCUCACACCAGCUUCUGUCUUAUCAAUAGGGCCAAUUUCCAAGGCACAUUUUACUGUGUUGUUACUGUGUCUCUUAAGGCAGGAAAUGGUGAUUUUAUGUCUCCCCCCUCCCCUGGUACCACCACAGCCCAAGCCAGACGUUUCUCUGUUGAAACGCCAACAAGUGACGUCCCUCCCCGCUUUUCUGUCCCCAGAUGCUACAGUCUCUCCUCUGUCUCUGUGAUAAUACUUUGGGACCAAAGUCCUGUCCUCUGUGUAGCUAGCUGGGUCCUUUGUACACCAUGCUGCUCGUUACCUCCUGGAGCCGGCCGAGAAGCCUGGCUUCCCUCUCCUGGCCGAGCAGACACUUUGCAUUCUGUAUGGUGUGUAUAACGUGAGAAGCGGACGUGCCACCUUGUCUUUAAUGGUGAGAGGCAUCACACAGUCCCAUCCUGAAACUAAGGCAGCUGGCUCUGCCCCUUCCUUCUUGACUGCGUCUGUCCUGUGUUGGGAAAAUAUCGGAUCACGAUAUAAACCUCAAAAGAGCAGGGUACAGCUGGCAUUGCAAACAAACUUCUUUGCUUUUCCAAAAAAAAAAAAAAGACAAAAAACAAAAAUGGAAACCAGUUUCCUUCAAGUUGCAUCAUCCAGAGAACUCAUCCAUCGCUUUUAAAAUUAAGUUCAUUUGAUCAAAGUUUGGCUCGCACACAGUGUUCGGGCUGUGCAGCCGAUAGGUUGCUUUACCUUAUUUGAUCAUAUUUGAAAGAGUAUUUCCUGUGUUUGCUUUGAUUGGUUCCUCAGUACAUUAAAAUGACUCAAAGCUUUGACCCUGCUCCUCUGACCCUUGCUAUAGUCUCUGGAAAGUUGAUUUGUAUCAGUCUUUGAAGCUUGGUCUGAGUGUCCUGACUUGUCUCUUAGAAUGCUGAGUGUUGUAUCAGGCAAGUUCUGAGAUUCGCCUUUUAUCUUAGACCAAACACCUCUCUAAGAGCCGUUCUUCCUUCAUUUUGCAAGCACUAGGGUCUUUCAUAACUUCUUUCGUAGAACACCCACUUAUGUUUAUUUCUGUAUAUAGAACUAUUAAAACAGUAGUGUUAAAAUCUUUGUUGUGGUUUGAGCACCAUUGUCGCUUUUUGGUUAAGAUGGUGAAUCUAGGAUCCAAGUACUCUGUUCUGUCUUUAGAAAGCUGUGACCACGUGUGCAAUUAUUUUUGAAGGGAAAGAUAGUAAAUUAAGGUCUCUGUAGUUCUUAAGGAAGCAAUCGUUGUGAUAUACAUACUGCCCGUGUGUUCUGGUGCAGUAGCGGAUAGCAAGGAGAAGCUUCUCUGCAUCUAUCACAGUGUAAUGAUUCUCUGACUCGUUUCCUGUUCUUUUCUGUUGAAGAGUUUUCUGGAAAUUGCUUUCAUCCGUUUAACUUGGUUGAAUACCAGUUGAUUCUCAUAGCUUUUACCACUAGAGUUGGUUUACAAGUAUCCCAAAACAUGGAUGCGAUGAAAUUGAAUUGUGCUAGUUUUGACCCCUGAAUUUACCUAAAAAUUGUAAUUGCUGACACAUGUGCUGCUUUGGGUUUUGGUUAAAAGGAUCUCUAGUUCAAGUGAUAAGAACUGACCCGAACAAUUUCCAGCGGUGGUCUUUCCAUCUUCCUGGUUGGUUUUAAAUGCUGAGGAUUCUGUACCAGCGAGCAGGGCAGUCAUGUCAUGCAACCAAGCCAGAGCGGUGCUCCGCGUGGGCCUGACGGAUACUCUCGAGAAAAAGUAAAGUUCUGGGACCAGCGUUUGCUGAAAAUCAGCUUAUGGUGGGAAAUUAGAGAUAAUUUUUUUUUAAAUGACAGAAGAAAGAAAUCAUCUCAUUUGUUGUUCACAAUGGGAGCUAGCAUGAUGUCCAGAAGCAUAAACUAUCCCUAGUCGUGAAUGUCAAGAGCCCUUUUACUGUUUUGCAUUCCAGUUUGAGUAGUUUGUAUUGAAACCUGAUUCAUAUCUUGUGUACGUUUGGUGUGUAAAAGGAAAAAUCCGUGUUUUUACUUUUGGAAUUUGCAGUACAAAGGGCAUGUUGUUGGUUUGCUGGAAGAUUGUAUUCUGUAUAUAUGUUUUCAUGUAAAUAAAGGAAAAUCUAUAUCAGAGUUAUAUUUUAAUUUUUAUUCUAAAUGAAAAGAAACCCUUUUUACUUGAAAAAAUUGUAAGCCACAUUGUUAAUAAAGUAAAAAUAAGCUC